UCCGUAGAACAAGGUGGCUGCCAGCGGCGUGCGAUGUACAGUGAGGCAGCUGUGGUUGGAUUUUGCUUCCCUGACUCGCAGCCACUGUAGUGUUGCUGAACUUGACAUCCAGCAUCACAAAGCUGCACGGUCACCUCAAAGCGGGACUUUUUCAAUGACAGCUUUGAAGAUGUUAGAAGACCUGAUAAAGAUUCCAUCGUCUCAGCAGGGGUCAACCGCAACCAACUUGGCACUGCUGGACCAAGACUGACUCCCACGGAUGGACCUGUAAUGGUGCCAGUGUGAGCGUUUCAGACUGCACCAACAGGACAAAUGACAGAGGAAAGACAGUGAGAGCCAAAUUGCACAAGUUGGAGAAGGACAAGGCCGCACGUUGAUUAGACCGUGACACAGGCCGAGAAGACGGAGGCAGACGCACGCUAGGAGAAUCUGCUGGAAAUGGAUGAGAUGCUUGUCUGCAGACAGACAGAUUAAAAGAGCGGUAGCACCGACCCUCAAAGGCAACCCGACCGUCACGCCACUGCUGUUCAGCUUGCAACACAAGAAUUGCGAGUGCAAUUUGUUUCCAUGCUGAUGACGAAAGAUGGCUGCGAGUCUGGUCGGAGAUGCACCUUCCUCUCGUCCGCCCAUUCUUGCCCCAGUGGCGUCGGGUCUGACCGGUUAAGGUUGGCCUGUUGGCCAUCGCAGCAUUGGCGGCAGCUGUCAGAGUGCUGGAAGGAGCACUAUGCAGGAAACUGACUCGCCAGACACAAACGCAUUCAAAGAGUGCAAGUUCCACUGCACCAAUGGGAAUUGUUUGCGCCUGGGCUCACUGAUCUGCAACCAGCUCAAUAAUUGCGGGGACAACAGCGAUGAGGAGAACUGCCCCAUGGUCACCCAGCACCCUCCACCGGGCAUCUUCAACUCUGAACUGGAGUUUGUUCAGAUCAUCAUCAUCAUCGUGGUGAUGACCGUCAUGGUGGUGGUGAUCAUCUGCCUGCUCAACCAUUACAAGCUCUCCACCUUCAUAACAAGGCAGAGCCAGGCCCGUCGGCAUGACCAUUCCCUGCAGCAGGAUGGUUGCCUGUGGCCUUCAGACAGCAACUCGCGACAAGGAGCCUCCGAGGUGUUAUAUGCCCCCCAGGCCAGGGAUCGCUUCACCGCUCCCGCCUUCAUGCACAGAGACCGCUUUAGCCGCUUUCAGCCCACCUAUCCGUACCUGCAACACCAGAUUGACCUGCCGCCCACCAUCUCGCUGUCAGACGGCGAGGAGCCGCCCCCGUACCAGGGACCCUGCACCCUGCAACUCCGCGACCCCGAGCAGCAGAUGGAGCUCAAUCGGGAAUCGGUGAGGGCGCCGCCUAACAGGACCAUCUACGACAGCGACUUGAUCGACGUUGGAGGCGGCGGAGGGCCCAGCGGCCCCAGGCCACCGAGCAGUAACUCGGGCAUCAGCGUGGCCAACUCCAGUCUCCACGGGCGCAUGGAAGCCCCCCCGCCCGCGUACAGCGAAGUGAUCAGCUCCACAUUCUUUCUUCACCAGCUAAGCAAUAACCAAAGGGUGGGGGAAUGCGGGGAGCCAGGAAGCAGGAUGAUCCGGCCGCAGGGCCAAUCAGAAAGCACAAUAGAACCUUCCAAGACGAAGGACGGCCAACCGGAGGACCUGGUGUGAGCGGGACCACCCAAAGACCUUGGUCUCUCACUCUCGCGCCUUUGUCCAGGCUCCUGUGCACAACAAACAGCAAUUAUAGCUUCUACAAAUCAAGGAAAGAGAGAAAGUCCUUUUUUUUCCGCCCGCUCUUUCUGCUCUUACCAACCAGUCGGCAAUCACUGCUGGGGCAGAAUUCUGCUGUGCAUGGAGUCUUGUCUUCAACAAGAAAGGUUGGAGGACACAAAUGGAAACCUUAUCUGGAGGAAUGGAGGAGGAUAGCUUCUUUUCUUUUUGUUUUUUAUUGUUGUUAUUAUUUUUUUGUACACUUUUUUGGACCGGGAUCUGUGCACAAAGCCAGGACGGAGAAUCAAAGGACCUAAAUAAAACAAGUGACUCACACACACACACACACACACACACACACACAAAUAUCUUAGUGCCAAGGUUCACGAGGAAACAAACUACGGGGAGAGGAAAGAGACAGACUUUGAGAAAAAAAAAAUCGAAGUUAUCUAAAAGUUGCACUAUCUUUUUGUUGUUAAAGAGGGAAAGUAUAUGUUUAAUUUCGUUUUCUGUCUUACAAAUGGACCGAGUGACUGAACUUUAGCUCCAAAGGUGUUUGGCGAGCAAAAACCAAGUAUUAUAAGCUUAUAUCCUAUUUUAUUAUUAUUAUUAUUUUAAAAAGCCUAUUACAUCUGGGCCUGCUUUCACCACAGGCACAUUGAGACUCCUGCCAUGCUUCAUUCAGCUAGUGAGGGCAGAACACGCGAAUGUUCCUGGGCAGCUGGGUGGACAAACUCUCCAAGACCUCACAACAUGCUGUGCGACAUUUUCAGUUAAGAUUCAAACCAUCCAAUUGUACACCCAACUCCUCAAAAACUUCAAUUUCUAUAAUGAUGACAUCAGUCACUGAAAAACGACCUAUAUUGAUGUUUGCUAUAGUGACCUGUACCUGCACCAAAAUGACAGAAUCUUUAUUUUCUCCAUCAAACAAAAUACAAAAAGUCUGUCCACCCAGCUGUCUGCUCAUAGCAUUGUGUCGUUUCCUGUAUCGUCCCCCCCCCCCCCCCCCCCCGUUCCCCCCUAACAGUGCAUUUUGAGUGAAGUCUGCCAUGGUGGUAAAGAAAAAUCGUCAUUAUCAUAUCGCUACAAUCAAAGCAAGACGACACACGUAGCGAGGAUUGCUGUGGACGGCAAGAUUUUGUGCAAACAGUCCAAGGGCUACAGGAGGCCUCCUUUUCUGAAAGGGAGACCAAACAAUUUGAAAAGCUAGCCUUUCUCUCUGUUCAUUGUUGCCUUCUCUACUCUUGUGCUUUCUCUUUUCUUGAGCUUGUUUUCAUUGGGAACAUUCAGUGUGCCCUCCCUACUCCUUCCUCUCCACCGCAUUUUUUUUGAGGUCAUCUUUUUCUUCGAUCCAUGUGGAGAAAAUAACGCUGAGUCCGCCAAUCCCCUUUAAAGUGGAGACUGGAUUUUGCUUGAGCACCGGGCUCGUCCUGCUUCCUGCUGGCUGCAUUUUGUGUGCGAGCGUGCGAGAGACCUUUUAACAACACACAAAAAAAGCACAGCACUUAAUGUGACUGUUGAAGCAAAAUGUGUAUGUGCCUGUGUGUUUUGGCUGCUUUACUUUAAGUUUUGACAUUCAAGGACAUUUGGCACUCGUCUACAUUGGCGCAGAAUUAAUGAAGCCUUCAUUAGAAUUCAAAGUCUCACUUUGCCAGAGGUGAAUGAUGGGAGAGAAUAGAGUAAAAUUACAACAACAACAAAAAACAUGCCGCAGUCCAAUCCAGGCUGUAAUGUUCCACUUGUCAUCACUGGGGAUCCUGAGAUUUUUCUAAAAAUGAGCCUCCCAUCAGAAAACAGAAAACAUCGGGAGGCUUCUCUGACUCCUGUGUUGACCCAUUUUUUUCUUCUUUUUUUUUUUUUAACAUAGCCUAAUCUAAUUUGAAAACAUUUGUUUUUUGUUGGUCAAAUAAUAUAAUUGCAAUAUCCAGAUCGAAAGAACUACACGUGGUUCCCCAUUUUGCAUGAAGUAAUCUUAUGCCACUGUGCAAUCAGGUUUCUUGUACACUAUUCGUCCCAUUUGGACCGUCAUAAAGUGAGGAGCCCAUGCAGAAGAUUUUCUUUUUCUUCCCUUUGAUAUCGCCUCAUUCAACACAUAUUCAAAGUUAUCGGCAUGGCGGCCUUAAUGAACUGAAAGUUAAGUUAUGCUCGUCAGUUUGAAUGAAGAAGGCCUUCUCGUUCUGUGUGCGUGUUACAUUGCUGCUGCUAUUGCUGCUACUGCUUUUUUUUUUUUUUUUUGCUACUGCUGCUUGUCGAGCCCCUCCCAUGCCCAUCUUUUCCCUCAAACUAAGUCAAGUCAAGUUUAUUUGUAUAGCCCUAAAUCACAAGCAGUCUCAAAGAGCUUCACAUAGACAAAAAUGGACAAUUAUUCUCAAAGCAUCCCCUGAUCUUAAGCUCCCAAAGAUCAAAACAUAAGAGGUCUGAAACUCCGCAGUCAAACGUUUCCACAUUGGGACCAAAUUGGCUUCAUGCGAGAGGAAAGAAAUAGCAUCCAUCGUUUUCUUCAUUCUUCACAUGAUUGUCCCAAAAUGUAUGGGCCUUUGAUUGGGGGGGGGGGGGGGGGCUGCUUCAAACUCAUUUUACUUUGUUUUCUUAAGCUUUUUUUUUUCUUUUCUUUCUUCCUUGCUUCUUCUGUCUACUCGGUCGUGGCUUGUAAAUGGGGGAUACAAAGAUUAACUAUGUUUUCUACAAGGACGUUUGCAUGUUACAAUUAUUUGAGUUUUUUGGAUUUUAUUUUUAAAAAAAAGGUGCCUAAUGUUCAUGUUUGAGCAGACCACAUCAGUCCAACUGCUGCUUUGGAGUCUUUACAGCUGCUUUAUUGAGGGUGCUCCAGCUGUCUUGAGUGCAAGCAGAAAAAAAAUGCUAACGUUAGCCAAUUAAGCAGUACACGUGUUGAUUCCCAUCCAAACGUGGCCUCCAUGUACAUUUAUGUUUUCUUGGAAUUUCAACCUGAGCGCGCAUACGUGGAUCGCCACCUUUCACCUCUGCACUGCAUGUUGAGCUCCCAAGUUCAGAAUAGUAGUACACUGACGCAGCAGCCCCUCCACAGUAAAGCAGCUGGACCCAUUUCAACCAGUAAGUUGAUGUGUGUGCGUAUGUGUGCGGAGCAGACAUAGGAACCCACUUGCACUCAAAAAAAGCUCCCACCUUUGUUGUGCCUCACUUCCAACGGUGCUUUUUCAGUAGUCUGUCUUUUGUUUGUAAGGUGCUGUAUAUAACUUGAAUAUAUAUUAUGCACAUAUCCUACCCAAUGGGUAGACACCACAAAAAUGUUGUGAAUAAUGUAACAUAAUGUAUAGAAAAUAUAAAACUUAAGAAGGCAGCAUCAAAUUUGUAAAGGCCUCCAAGUUAAAAAAUUUGCUUCGUCUUUUUUGGAAAUAUGAAAGUAUGCUUCGAAUACGGUUAUAUCACAAAAUGUGCUCCCUCAUACAGUUGAUUGAAGGAGACGACGAAUGAGAUAGAUGAAGACGUUGACACUUGUCGCCAUUCUUUGGUUACUGGCCGGCAGAUUUCCUAAAGCAACGAACGACUACUAAAUGUGUAGUCGACACCUUUCGCUCUCUCUCGAGAAAAAACAAAACAAAAAACAUUUAUGACGUACACACAGUGUGUUGCGUGUGCUGCAACCUCAGCCAAGUCACGUGAAGGUCAACUUGCAUUGUUCAAUGUCCAUUUAUAUGGGACAUGUCUACAAGUCUGAUGUCCACUGAAGUUGGAAAAAUAAGGUUUAUGUUUGUACCCACCUAUUCUUUUUAAUAUGUUGUAGUCAACAUGGAUGGGCAUAAUAAUCGAUUACAGUAAUUUUGAGGCAAAAUGGAGCACGCCACUCAUAACUGCUGUCAAAAGAACUACGUGACAUUAAAUAGGGAAAAGUCACCGCAGCAGGAGUUAAGAACAUUCACAGAACUUUCCACAAUUGAUUGAGGAAUAUGAAUCAAAUCCCAUUCCUUAGUUUACUUGAAGGUUUGUUAAUCUGCCAAAGUAUAGAAUCUUUGUCCAUGACCCGAUUGUCAAAUAAGAACAUCAUCAAAGUAUGCGUGUGCGUCUGUGCGUACGUACUCAGCAGUGUGAGAGCAAACAGGAAAAUUGCAGAUAAAUCAAUUAAUUGUACUUUGUGUUUUUUUGUUGUUCAUGAUGUUAAAAUGCCACAGUAUAUUUGAGCAAGAUCUUGUGUUUAAUCCGCAGUCAUUUAUUUACAGACGUACUGAAAAAUACUCCACUGUACUUAACGGCAGAGCAUGUUCGUUCUUUCUAGACAAUGUACAUAGCAAUGCGCCAUUUUCUCUUCAAAGCACCAAAUAAGUGGCAGUUGUCUCUCUGGAUGAAUUCCUGUUAGCUCCUCUAUUUUCCUUUUCUUUUUCCUCCUUUGUUGGUUUCCUGCACUAGCUUGAAGGACUAACUUCAAUUCAGACUGAUUUUUUCUUUCUGAAUUGUCUAUGCGGCACGCUCUGUAUGACCUUUUUUUGAUGAGAAGUCCAGUGUCCAGUGUCAAGUGCUUGCUAACAAAGUGUUUCAUCAAGAAUUAUAUCAGAAAUUUUCUCAUUUUCAUAAUUCUCUGUCACAGCGGUUACUAUAGGACUGCUUCCGUCAUUAGUUUGCUUUAUUUACAAAUAUACUUUUGUUUUCCCACAUCUUGCCCCCCCCCCUCCUCUGUAUGUAUGAAAGUAUGUGCACACACACAGAGGGGUAAAAUUGUUGUGUACCUUCUUUUUUUAUUUAAGAAAUUGUGAUGUAUACUAGGUUUUAGGCCUAAGGUCUGUUAUUGCAAUACUUUUACAAAAAAUACAAAAAAAAAAUGUUGCUCCAAGUGCUGUUGUAGUCAAAACCUUUCUGUUUGUAAUCAUGCUGUAGUUAAACUACAGUCUAAAAUGAAUAAAACUUUAAAAGUG